GGGCCAGGAAGUAGAAUUUCGUUACAUCUAGCCGAAUGUGAACAUAUCAUCCAUCUGAACCUGAGCUUCUUAGUUAAUUUUAAGACUAAAUUUAAAUUUCAUAGUGCUAAGAAAGUCGAGAAUGAUCACCAUGACUGAAAUACCGAUUGGAGCAAGUUGUUGGGCAGCGUUUGCGAUUCGUGUUUUGCUAAUUCUUUACGGGGAAAUUCAAGACAGGAUGAUGGUUGUCAAGUACACAGAUAUUGACUAUCAUGUUUUCACAGAUGCUGCCAGAUAUGUCACGCAGGGUGAGUCGCCAUACCAACGAGCAACCUACAGAUACACUCCUAUCUUAGCCUUCAUGCUAACACCCAACAUCUGGCUUUCUCCUCUCUUUGGAAAACUUCUCUUCUGCAUCUUUGACAUCAUAGCAGGCCUCCUCAUCUAUGACAUCAUCCAAAUACAGUCCUACAGCGUCCCCACGGCAACAAAGGGAGCCCUCGUGUGGCUCUUCAACCCGCUGACCGCUGCCAUUUCAAGUCGUGGGAACGCAGAGUCCAUCAUGGCCGUACUGGUUCUCCUCGUCAUCAGAUGUCUGCUGAAACGUCAGACGAAGCUCUGCGCUCUCACCCUGGCUCUCUCUGUCCAUUUCAAAAUCUACCCGUUGACCUACUGUCUACCAAUCUACUUCUAUGUUACGUCUCCAAAGAGGAAAUUUAUUCAUCGUUUCAUUUGGACGAAAUCAAAGAACAUUCUUGAGAGAUUUCUUGAUCUGUUCUGGCCAACAAAGGAGAGGAUAGAAUUUGUAGCAGUAUUUAUUGUGACAUUUGCUGCUCUGACUGCUGUCAUGUAUCACUGGUAUGGCGAUGAAUUUCUUUCCGAGGCCUACCUCUACCACGUCACCAGACGAGAUGUCAGACACAACUUCUCUCCUUUCUUCUACAUGCUCUACCUGACAUCGGACUGGUCAUCGUCCUUCCUUCUAGGUCUCCUAGCCUUCGUUCCCCAGGUCGUUCUCCUGGUCGCCUUCUCACUCGUCUACUACAGAGACAUCGCCUUCUGUUGCUUUGCUCAUACCUUUGUCUUUGUGACGUUCAACAAAGUCUGCACCUCUCAGUAUUUCUUGUGGUACCUGACUCUGUUGCCUCUCAUCUUACCAGCCACUAUGAUGUCAAUCAAGGAAGGAGUCUGUCUGAUAACUGCUUGGUUUCUAGCUCAGGCUUUAUGGCUCCUGCCAGCAUACUACCUGGAGUUUGAAGGCAAGGAUACGUUCAUCUUCAUCUGGUUGGCUGGACUAACCUUCUUCUUCACCAAUGUCUACAUCUUGGUUCGUCUCAUCCUCACCAGGGAAACAUUCACCCAGAACAGAAGGCUCAAAACAAGCUAA